AUAAUUUAUAUUUUCGACUCAUCUUUUAUGUAUGUUUAGAAUUUUGGAUUAAAAAUUGCUUUCAGUAGUGAAAUUAUCUGUUAGGAAAUAGAAAUGUUUAAAUUCGUGAAGGAAAAAAAUGAUCAUAAAAAUAUUUCGGAAGUUUUUGAAUUAUAAACUAUAUAAUUCAUGAUGAAAUUCUUUACUUUUUAGGGAUUUGUAUUCAAUUGAGAUUGAUACAAUUAUCGGAUGACAUCUAGAUUAAUUUCACAAUUUACUUUUCUAAUCAAGAAAAUUAAAGAAGAUAAUAAUGAAUAGUAUAGAACAUGCGACUCGUUAUUCAGGAAUUGGAAUUUUACGUAGAAUAUUUUACAAAAUACCCUCAUGUUAUAAUAAAAUAAUUCCUUCGUCAGAAAUAUCCAGUUUUAAUAAUUGCGAUGUGCGCAGGCACUUUCAUAAAACAAUUCAGCGAUGUGCCGUAAGUGAGAGCAAAGAAAAAACGGAUGUUUUAGAUAAAUUAGAAAUUAGGAAAUUUAAAAAAAAUCUCAUCAGUCGUGGUCCAGAUCUCAAAAAAUUUAUGCCAAUUCAUAAUGACACACAAUAUCUAAAAGCAGAAGAGAUUCCCUACUUGAAACCAGUCGAUGGCCAAAAUAAAAAAGGAUGUAUGGCUGAACGCCUGAAGCAUAAAAUUCUGGAAAAAGAGCGAAUAGUUGACGUUGUAGCGGGUCCAGAUAGUUACAAAGAUCUGCCAAGAUUAUUGGCAAUUACUGAAGACAAUGAAACUGCAAUUAAUGUCGUUUUAUCCUUUGACGAAACUUACGCCGAUAUCACUCCAGUCAGACUGAAUCCUGACUCUGUCAGUGCCUUUGUAACUAUUAUGAGAGGAUGUGAUAAUAUGUGCACUUAUUGCAUAGUACCUUUCACACGAGGAAAAGAAAGGUCUCGACCAAUAGAAAGUAUAGAAGAUGAAAUCAGACGUUUAUCGGACCAGGGAGUAAAAGAAGUGAUUCUUCUUGGUCAAAAUGUUAACAGUUAUCGAGACGAUUCAAUGAAUUCCUUUAUAAAUGACUCCCAAACGAAUUUAGCGAAAGGUUUUAAGACCGUUUACAAAAGUAAAAAAGGAGGGCUUAGAUUUAGUGAUCUUUUGGAUAAAGUAUCAUUAAUCGACCCAAAUAUGAGAAUAAGAUUUACAUCUCCACAUCCGAAAGAUUUUCCCGACCAAGUCCUACAAUUGAUAGCCGAGAGGGCAAAUAUUUGCAAUCAGCUUCAUUUGCCUGCCCAAAGUGGAAAUUCCGAUGUUUUGGAACGAAUGAGGAGAGGCUAUACGCGAGAGGCGUAUUUGGAAUUAAUUCAGCAUGUGCGAAAUAUCAUUCCAAAUGUAUACCUCUCCAGUGAUUUUAUUGCUGGAUUUUGUGGCGAAACCGAGAGUGAAUUUGAAGAUACUCUUUCUCUGAUGCAAAUUGUUAAAUACAAUUAUGCGUAUUUAUUUGCCUACAGUAUGAGAGAGAAAACUGCUGCUAAUCGCCGCUAUAAUGAUGAUGUUGAAGAAUGGGUAAAGAAAAGGAGACUUCAGAAAAUGAAUGAAAUUUACAGAACGGAAGUGAAAAAAUUGAAUGACGCUCAAAUAGGACAGCAACAGCUUAUUUUAAUUGAAGGCGUAAGUAAAAGAAAUUCACAGCAUCUUGUAGGGCGCAAUGAUGGAAAUGUGAGAGUAAUAAUUUCCAACUGCACCGUGCAAGAAAAUAAAAGUAGUGUACAUACAAGAAAAGUCGUGCCCGGUGAUUAUGUUGUUGUACAAAUUUCGGACGCGAAUUCCCAAACCCUGAGGGGCAUUCCCCUUUAUUUCUCAUCGAUAUCGGACUUUACACCCUCAAUCGAGCAGAGAUUUAGAGCUUAUUGUGAGUAAGAUAAUUUUAUUUUGUAAAAAAAAAUAAUUAGUAGUAUACCUGGCCCUAAAGGAAUCUGCAUUACCGAAAGAUGAUAGUUUGGGAAUCUACAUUACCGGCCGAACUAGGUAUACUACUAAAAUAGCUAAAAACUUGAAUCUUAUAUUUAAUUGAUUUAAUUAAUGAGACUGUAAAUAAAAAUAGGCGUUAUAAGUGUAUUAAUAAAUUAAUUAAAAAUUGAAUUUGUCA